AACAUAGACUUCACCAUGAAAUAAAUGUUACAAUAACGUCUGUCGCUUCGUUUGACCCUGUAAGUAUUUGUGGUGUCGCAGAUCGACAGAGAGGAGAGGGUCGUAUGUUGGAAGCGGGAUAAGGAUUUGCUCUUAGGAAAUGUUUGGUUUGGUUGGACAGAUUCCUCAUCGCUUGCGUUAGUGGUUGUGAUGCCCCGCGGCACCGAUAGAGCUUUGCAGGGGGUCGCAGCGCGCUCUUUCGGCGAGUGUUUCAGCAAGUAGGCUACAGAAUCUGGCUUGCGGUAGGAGAGAUGAGGAUGCUGCUGCUGGACAGCUCCUUUGUGUGUAGCCUUGGCGUCACCUUCGCCCUCUGUACCCUCACACUCCUGCUGGUGGCCCUGCGAGGCUGUCAGAGGGUUGGCAGCGCCCAGCCGGGUGCCACCCUGCCGCCCGGCCCCAGACCCUGGCCGCUGGUGGGCAACCUGCUCCAGAUGGGCGAGCAGAUGCACCUCUGGCUGACCAGCCUGCGGGCGCAGUACGGCGACGUGUUCCGUCUGCAGAUGGGCUCGCUGGCGGUGGUGGUGCUCAGCGGCUACGCCACCAUCCGCCAGGCGCUGGUGCGGCAGGGCGAGGCCUUCGCCGGCCGGCCCGACCUCUUCAGCUUCUCCGCCGUGGCCAACGGCACCAGCAUGACCUUCAGCGAGAAGUACGGCGAGGCCUGGACGCUGCACAAGAAGAUCUGCAAGAACGCCCUGCGCAACUUCUCGCGGGCCGAGGCCCAGGACUCGGGCGCCAGCUGCCUGCUGGAGGAGCGCGUCUGUGCGGAGGCCGCCGGGCUGGUGGAGGCCCUGCAGGAGAGCCAGGCGCAGGGAGGGGGCAGCCUGGACCCCGUCGUGCCCCUGGUCACCUCGGUGGCCAACGUGGUGUGCGCCCUGUGCUUCGGUAAGAGGUACGACUACAACGACCAGGAGUUCCUCACCAUCGUGCACAUCAACAACGAGGUGCUGCGCAUCUUCGCCGCGGGCAACAUGGCCGACUUCUUCCCCGUCUUCCGCUACCUGCCCAGCCCGUCCCUGAGGAAGAUGGUCCAGCACAUCCACAGGAUGAACAGCUUCAUGGAGGAGAACAUCAAAGAACACCUGAGAACCUUCGACAAGAACUGCAUUCGUGACAUCACGGAUGCCCUGAUUGCCUUCUGCGAGGACAGGCAGGAGGACAGGGAGGGACAGGUGCUCACCAACUCUCAGAUCGUCCACACCGUCAUCGACAUCUUCGGGGCUGGCUUUGACACCAUCAUAGCUGGGCUGCAGUGGAGCAUCUUGUAUCUUGUCAAAUUCCCAGACAUCCAGGACAAAAUAUACGGAGAGAUUGACGACCAAGUGGGCUCCAACAGACUGCCUCGGUUUGAGGAUAAACCGAACAUGACGUACACAGAGGCGUUCAUAUUUGAGGUGUUCCGCCAUGCGUCCUAUGUCCCCUUCACUAUACCACACUGCACCACUGAAAAUAUCACUCUCAAUGGAUACUUUAUCCCCAAAGACACCUGUGUGUUUAUCAAUCAGUAUCAAGUCAAUCACGACAGUGAGAUCUGGGGUGAUCCAGAGGCCUUCCGGCCGGAGCGGUUCCUCACUCCGCAGGGGCAGCUGAACAAGGAUCUCACAGAGAAGGUGAUGAUCUUUGGGAUGGGGAAGCGCCGUUGCCUGGGCGACGGAUUCGCCCGCCUGGAGAUGUUUGUCUUCCUGACGACGCUGCUCCACCGGUUGCAUGUGGAGAGUAUUCCCGGCCAGUCGCUGGACCUCAACGCAGACUUCGGCUUGACCAUGAAGCCCAAACCGUACCGGAUCAGGGUGACCCCCCGGAGCUAGACGGAAGCAUCGCUAAACCAAUGUGUUCAUAUGCGUCAUAUACUCUCUGCUCACUCUAUUGCAUUAUAUGUCAAAGAACCAUUGUCAUGUUUCAGGUUCAUACGUAUGGAGUAUUACAGAUGGGUUGUCACACACACUCUGUUUACUCCACUGCUUGUGUCAAAGAAUAGCUGGGGCAUAUCAGGGUCACACACACACACACACAUCAUGGCAACAUCACACGCUUCCAACAACACUCACACACACACACAUACACACAAAAACACACACACACACACACACACACACACACACACACACACACACACACACACACACACACACACACACACCAUUGUACCAGGUGUAGCACGCACCUGCACACACACAGCUGUAUAAACGAAACAACAGUGAAGGACAUUGUCUGAGGCACUGUAACAACUAUAACCAAACCUUAACAUUGAUCUUUCCUACAUUUCAUAAACAUAAGGACUCAUUUGCAUAAAGCUUUUAACCCUGUGAUUUAAAUGGAACUGUUUGUAUUCUUAACUUCUUAACUUCACUAAAUGCUACGGUUCCAUAUUAUAUCUAUAGACAGUCUUUUGAUUUAAAGACCAAUGCCACAGCCUUGUAAGAGAGUUUGCAUUGGGCAACAUAUGGCAUAAGUGAAGAUUCAAUUCAAUUAUUAAUGUGCACAGACUCGUCGUAGUUGGAUGAGUAGGAGUUGAAUGUGAUACCAGUGCAUUGUGUGCAGAUAGAAGAUCAUUUUAAAGACAGCUGUUCUCUUGUCUUCCCCCUCUCCCUCUCCUCCCUCUCUUCUCUAGUCAUCCCCCUCUCCUUCUCCUCCCUCUCUUCUCUCAUCAUCCCCCUCUCCCUCUCUUCCCUAGUCAUCCCCCUCUCCUUCUCCUCCCUCUCUUCCCUAGUCAUCCCCCUCUCCCUCCUCCCUCUCUUCUCUUGUCAUCCCCCUCUCCCUCCUCUCUUCCCUAGUCAUUCCCCUCUCCUUCUCCUCCCUCUCUUCCCUAGUCAUCCCCCUCUCCUUCUCCUCCCUCUCUUCUCUCAUCAUCCCCCUCUCCUUCUCCUCCCUCUCUUCUCUAGUCAUCCCCCUCUCCUUCUCCUCCCUCUCUUCCCUAGUCAUCCCCCUCUCCUCCCUCUCUUCUCUCAUCAUCCCCCUCUCCCUCUCCUCCCUCUCUUCUCUAGUCAUCCCCCUCUCCCUCUCUUCCCUAGUCAUCCCCCUCUCCUUCUCCUCCCUCUCUUCCCUAGUCAUCCCCCUCUCCUUCUCCUCCCUCUCUUCCCUAGUCAUCCCCCUCUCUUCCCUAGUCAUCCCCAGCCUCAGGGGUUGGUAGUCUCAGAGCCAGAGGCUGCCUGUUCUUCAUGGUUAUCACUUUCUCCCUAUGCUUGUAUUUGUACUUAACAUUUCCUGAAUGUUACUGCCCCACUGCUGUGAUUGUUUCAACUGAGUAUAAAUUGUGCUAGACACUGUUAAAUGGUUUGAGUUAACCUUACUGUACUUUGCAAUGAUGCCUAUAUGGGUUUUACUGUAGCAUUUUGUGGCAUCUAGCUAAAUAUUUUUCAUAAACAGGAAUAAUCAAUAAUAAAACAUCUUA